GGAGCAUGACGUUUGUAUCGACUGGCGUUCUUUGAUUCUAUAUAGAAAAAGUUUGUAUUUGCUUCUUCCACCGCCUCCUGCAUUGCUUUUCUCCUGCCAUAAUUGGCAAGAGGAGCUCUACUCCCAAAAUGAUCGCCCGGCCACCGGAGGAGAUGUGAACGCUCCGGCGGCGGAGAAGAUGGCGCGGGACGCGUUGGCGGCGGCCGCGGAAGCGCAGGCCGCGCUCAAGAAGAAGACGGCGGCUGCGAGGAGCUGGAUUCUGUUCGACUCCAGCGGGGAAGGCACGAUCUUGGACGCCGACAAGUACGCGAUCAUGCACCGGGUGCAGAUCCACGCGCGCGACCUCAGGAUCCUGGAUCCCCUCCUCUCGUACCCUUCCACGAUCUUGGGACGGGAGCGGGCCAUCGUUCUCAACCUCGAGCAUAUAAAGGCGAUCAUCACCGCGGACGAGGUUUUGCUUAGGGAUCCAACGGAAGAAAAUGUUAUUCCUAUUGUGGAAGAGCUUCGUAGACGACUACGAUCAGACAAUGUUAUCAACCAAGCACAUGGUGAAGGGAGAGAGAACAUAAAUGGUCAGCAUGACCUAGAUGGUGUUGAAGAAGAUGAAUCUCCCUUUGAGUUUCGAGCCCUGGAAGUUGCUUUAGAAGCUAUUUGCAGCUACCUUGAUGCACGCACUACUGAACUAGAGACUGCUGCUUACCCUGCCUUAGAUGAGCUGACUUCCAAGAUCAGCAGUCGUAACUUGGAUCGUGUGCGCAAGUUGAAGAGUGCCAUGACUAGGUUGACCGCUCGUGUCCAAAAGGUAAGGGAUGAGCUUGAACAAUUACUGGAUGAUGACGAUGACAUGGCAGAUCUUUAUUUGACAAGAAAACUGGCUGGAGCAUCCUCUCCUGUCAGUGGUUCUGGUGUGCCUAACUGGCUCCCUGGUUCUCCAACAAUCGGUUCUAAGAUAUCCAGAGCAAGCAGGGCAAGUGCAGCAACUAUACAUGGAAAUGAGAAUGACGUUGAGGAGCUAGAAAUGUUACUCGAGGCAUACUUCAUGCAAAUUGAUGGCACUUUGAACAAGUUGGCUACUCUACGUGAAUAUAUUGAUGAUACAGAAGACUAUAUCAAUAUCCAGCUUGACAACCACCGAAACCAACUUAUUCAGCUAGAGCUUUUCUUGAGUUCUGGCACAGUUUGCCUUUCACUUUAUGCACUAGUUGCUGGGAUAUUUGGGAUGAACAUACCAUAUUCGUGGAACGACAACCAUGGAUAUGUAUUCAAAUGGGUGGUCGGUAUCUCUGGACUAGUUAGUGGCUUCCUGUUCGUUUUCAUUAUUGCUUAUGCUCGUCACAAAGGUCUCGUUGGGUCUUAAUCCGCUCAGAAGAUCGGCAACCUGCACCUGUCACAAUUCUCCACUAGAGGAUUCAAACGGAGACAGGACAUAGCAGAACUAGAUGUAGCAUUGGCGUUCCAGGAUCUGACAUCCAGAUAUAAAACUGCAUUAAGUGUUGUACUACUAGUUCAUUAAAAUUUUGAUUUUUCUUUCUUCAGAUCUUUGUCGGAUUACUUGAAUGCCACAAGCUAAAGCCAUCAGUUUGUGUACUCUUUUAAGUUCCUCGCACCAUCACAUUGAUGGUGCAACACAACACGCUACUAGUUACUGUAAAUUGUCAUUCAAUAUAAGCAUGCGUUGCCUGUGUAACAGUAUUUUAUUGCACAA